GGAUACUGCUUGCGUCAUCGGUCAGCGACGGAAGUUGGCGGAGAAGGCGUCCGGAGAGGUUCUAGUUGGAAACUCCAGGCGAGAACUUGCUCGGUGUUUUCCUGAGACUAACAAUGGACUCUCAGCAGGACGUUCAACCUCCAAAGCAGCAGCCAAUGAUAUAUAUCUGUGGAGAAUGUCACACAGAAAAUGAAAUUAAAUCCAGGGAUCCUAUCAGAUGUAGAGAAUGUGGAUACAGAAUAAUGUACAAGAAAAGAACUAAAAGAUUGGUGGUUUUUGAUGCUCGGUGAAAGAUGGGAAUUCAGAAAAGUGUCUUUCUUGAUACCUGGAUUUGCCCCUUAAUAAUUCUCAUUGUUGCAUAGCUUUUGAUUUAACGUACUUAGAAAUACAAUUAUAUGGUUUCAUCUUUAUUUCAUUUUCAAAACCAGAUUGUAUUUAGGUAUCUAUGUAUACUUUGUAUAAGGAAUUUUUUGUUUAAUUAUAUGACUUGUAAUUUAAUUUUAUUGUGUAUGUAAUCUGACAACAAUAAAGGUUAAAAUUUUUCCCCAAACCAUACUUUUAAUAAAAUUUAUUAAAAAUUCA